GCUCAUCCAGCCAGUGGUUCGGGGCCGGGCUGGGCGAUGAGUUAGCGACGUCGCGGUGUUGGAGAUCGAUCGAGAGCGUCGAGCGUGUACGUGCGGUGUUGUUGCCUACUUUUCGUAAAGUGAUCACUAAAAUUCAAGAUUAUUAAUUGGUUAUGAAUUUUUUUAAAUCUUAUAUUAAAAAAAAAACUUUUUAAACUCACAAUUUAUUAAUUAUUUUCAAAUUUAAAUUAUUUAUGUUAAAAAAUUGAGGUUGUUAUAAAAAUUAUUUAAGAUAUAUUGUAUUUUCACUAUUAAAACAAUAUGUGCGGCUAAUUUGACCCUCGACUGUACUGAUCGACCUCGAGCAUACUUUUCGCAGUAUCAAGUUCCGGUAGCCGGUAUCCUGCAGUAAAGAUCAAGCCUGAAAUUAGGGCUAACUUGCUCCAAGAGUUUCAUUCUUCUUUAAGGAUCGGACGGAGUAUCUUGGCUGAGAUUUGAAGAGAAGUCAAAAUGGCAUCCUUAAUGAGGUUAAGUGUGAGGAGGGUUGCCUCCAAUGUCUCCAAAACGCCCAAGAGGAACUUCCAUGACAAACUAUAUGCCGACAGACUGGACUACCCCGCCCCCAACUGCAGAUUCAUGAAGGAAGCUGACCUCUCAUCAGACAUGCAAGCACUCAAAGUCAAAGAGAGGGGUAACUGGAAAGCCCUGUCACAAGCGGAAAAGAAAGAAUUGUACAGGAUGAGCUUCAACAAGACCUACUCUGAAAUGAGGGCGCCCACCGGUGAAUGGAAAUACGUCAUUGGUGGAGUGAGUAUAGCCCUGGCUUUCUCUGCUGUCAUCUAUGGUUUCCAGAAGGCUUACAUCUCGCCGCCCCUGCCACACACCAUGGCACCCGAGUGGCAAGAAGCCCAGCUCAGACGCGAGAUUGCUAUCAGGAAUGGUCCAAUCACUGGCACAGCAUCCAAGUGGGACUACGAGAAGAACGAAUGGAAGAAAUAAACCGCCGCCGUACCAAACUUAUGUCCUCAAACCUGUAUAUUUGAUAUGAGAAAUAUUCAUAGCUUGCUAGAUAGGCUCUAAAUUAUCCUCAGGACAUUAAUCUAAAUGCAAAUGGGAUUGUUGUGUCUUACUAUCAGUGUCGUGAUUAAAUCUUGAUGGAAAUUUAUUUGUAGAUCAGAAAAAAUAUACAUUCACUUCCUUCAUAUGUAUCAAGCUGGUAAGAUUCUUGCCUGUUUGCAAAACCAACACUAAUCGAGAUACAAUUCUAAUAAUCACACAGUAGUAGGUUUGAAAUUGGCAACUUGUGAAGAUCUCUUGAAAUAUAGUUAUUUCUAUUUGGUGUGAAAGUCAAUACAGUGCUACAAAUAUUAUCCACAAUAACUUGAUGUGCAAGAUAUAUUACUUCAUUUUGAAUACAAGGAAUUUACUUAUGAAUGUGGCUUGUAAUUAUUACAUUAACAGGUGAAAUGGUAUAGAAAAGAAUCAUAUAUUUCCAUAGUGAUGUGUGUUUAAUGGUUUUCUUUGAAGUUGGAUUUUUCCCGGAUGAUUGAUUUUCUCCAUGUUUUAGAUUGAUGUCUUGAAAUAUCAGAUGCAAAAUUAAAAUGUUUUGAACAUUUUAUGCCAA